CAUGCACAUCCAAUACAUCGGUUAAUUUAUACAUAAAUUAUUAUCAAGAAAGACCAAUCCUCUGUUAUAAUUAAAGAAGGAUUAAGAAAUGAUGGCGAGCACAACAUUCCUUAACAAACUCGUCCCAGUAUUUCUGCUCUGCAUGGUGGUCGCGGCCACCAUGGCGGAAUCCGCCAUCACAUGCGGCCAGGUCACGCAGUCGGUGUCCCCUUGCAUUCCCUACGCUCGGAGCACCGGGGGUGCCCCAACGGCGGCCUGCUGCUCAGGGAUCCGGUCGUUGAAUGACGCUGCCAGAACCACACCCGACCGCCAAACUGCCUGCAAGUGCCUAAAGGCAAUCGCCGGCAGCAUCUCUGGUAUCAAUUACGGGGUCGUUGCGGGCAUCCCAGGGAAGUGCCGGGUGAACAUUCCUUUCAAGCUCAGCCUUAGCACCGACUGCAACAGUGUGAAGUGAAGACCGACGCGGAGACCAGAAAAUUAAUAAGAACCUCGGCUCCGUUAAAGAUGCAUGCAAUAGUACGAUCUACGCCGCUCGAACUCUCUAUCUAAAUAAAAGAGGCUUCUUCCAUGGAGAGGAACAUGCGUGUAUUAUUUUCCGGAUUUAUGCAUUUUUCGUGUUGUUUCGACUCAAAUCGACUUCUCUUCGGACUCACUGCCGUUGAAGAACCCUAAUUAUAAAUUAUAAUAAUAGAUUUUACGAUAUUUAUUUCA